GUAUCUAAAUCGAUAUCAAGGUAUUUGUGUUGAUGAACAAACUCUUGAUAAAACAUAUUAGUAAGUGUUUGGUUGUGAAACAUAGUGAACGUCCGUAAAAUGAGUUUCUACAAUAAAGUGGUAUUAAUCACCGGAGCCAGUAGAGGAAUAGGAGCAGCCACAGCGAUAUUGUUCGCUAAAGAAGGGGCUGAUGUAGUAAUUGUGGGAAGAAAUGAAGAAAAACUCAAAGAAGUCGAAGAGGAAUGUUCUAAAUUGGGCGAAACCCCUUAUUAUUACGACAUAGCUUUAGUACUUGCUGCUCAUGGCGUCCGAGCUAACACAGUGAGCCCUGGCCCUGUGGAAACAGAUAUUUUCGAAUCAGCUGGAAUUCCAGAAGCACUACAAAAUUAUCCAGGACAACUUCCCCUUAAGAAAGUCGGCAAGAAAGAAGAAGUGGCAGAUUUGAUCUUAUUUUUGGCCAGCGAGAAAGCGAAAAGUAUAACCGGCUCGAAUUAUAUAACGGAUAAUGGAUUACUAUUGAAUUAAUAAUCUAUCUUAUCAAUUUUGCAAUCAAACGUUUCGUAAUCUAUAUGUGACCUUCACAGAACCCUAAAAACGUAGUUAAUCAGAUAAUUGAGCACAGUUCUGAAACCGCAAUACAUAUUUUUAUGAAAUUAAAUAUUUUAGUCCGUGUUGUACUCGUGAAUUGGUAGCUGAGCAUGCCUGCGAGUACUGGCUGGUGUGAUGAUGUGAACUAAAUAACAAUUACUAACUAACUAACAAACUAGAAGAGCAGAGAUAAUAUUACCGACACAAUAAAGCUAAUAAAAUUUACUCCGCCUUAUCCAUGAUUACUAUUAUGAGCAACGAAAAGAAGAAAUUUAGAUAUUAAAUUUAAAGAAAAAUACUAAUUCUGUUGAAAUUCACUAUAGACUAUCGUUAUCUUUACAGAAAUGUCUCACUGAUGUUGCGCUGAAAAUGUAUAAUAUUAUAAUCGUAAUAAACAAAUAAUUACAA